AUGUCAUCAUUAGAGAUUUUCCACUUCGAUUUAGAGCAAGGUACUCACCGCCGGGACGGGAGUGAUCUGAGCGUCGAUGAGGCUAGAGUAUGCUACUCCGACGCCGACGAGGGCUCUUGCUACUCUCAGUUCUAUUCCACCACCAGUGAUGAUUGCGGAUCAGAUGUCGAGAUCGGUGACGUUUCGGGUUCCGGGAGGGUAUCUUCGGCGUCGGAUUGUUCGGUGGUGGUGCAGAUUCAGAACGGAGCUAAUGAAAUCAAAGUGCAUUUGGCUAAAGUCGAGAAAGAUUGUAGAAUUUGUCAUUUGGGUUUGGAGAGUAACAACCAUGAAUCCGGUGGUGCCAUUGAAUUGGGUUGUUCUUGCAAGGAUGAUCUUGCUGCCGCUCAUAAACACUGUGCUGAGGCUUGGUUUAAGAUCAGAGGAAAUAAGUAAG